AUGAGCAGCAGCGAUUGGUAUUUGCCCAUUCCCAUCGAGGAUUUUUUAAAGAUAAACAAAGGCUCUGCCGAGAAUAUUCCAGAUAAACCUCCUAUAGAGGAUCCUGUUGGUGGCGUCGAUGUUAGAUGUGGGCCAAUCUUGCGAUUGGCUGGUACUCAUGAGGCUGGCCAGACCAAUUAUCGUGGUUCAUUGAUGAUUGUGGCCAAGGACUGCAAUGAUAUCCCCAAAAUUACUUACAAAAGUGGUCCCUCUAUCAAAGGAGAAGGUUCAGAAGAGUUUGGGAAGGGUGAGUUUCCAGGAACCAAAUACUACGAGGAAGAGGGGAAUUCUUUCUUUAGAUAUGAUAUCGAUCUUUCACUUUUGGAAUACGAACAAAAAAUAGAGUAUUACAUUAAUAGCUAUUUCAAGCAGUCCUUUCGCUUUUUCGUGCCUUCAAAAGAUCAAUCGAUGAAUGUCGUUUCAUUUUCCUGUAACGGGUUUUCUUUGGGUGCGGGAACCGCAGAUUUCCCGAGCUCAUUAUGGUUUGACGUGUUAAAGAAGCAUAAAGAUAUCCAUUACCAUGUUAUGCUAGGUGGAGGAGAUCAAAUAUAUGCAGAUGCAAUUAAGAUUCACAGCAAGAGCCUCCAGAGAUGGUUGAAAGAAACCAGUUCGUCGAAAAAACGAAAAAUGACGACUAAUGAAUCCGAUCUUAAAGAGUUUCUGCAUUUUUAUUUGAAUCACUAUUUAGCGUGGUUUGGCCAGGGCCACUGGGUUGGAACAAAUGGUAAAACAUUGCAGACUGUAUUUCCUUUAACAAUGUCACAGAUUCCGUCCAUAAAUAUUUACGACGAUCAUGAUAUAAUUGAUGGUUUUGGGUCAUAUAGCGAUUCGACUAUGUCUCAGAGCUUUCUCAAGAGCAUUGGAAAUACUGCUUACAAGUAUUACAUGCUCUUUCAACACCAAAUGAACCCUGAAGAAAAACUUCACCUUACCGAUCCAAGCUGGAUAUUGGGCAAGACCAAUGGUCCAUUUAUUAAUGAAAAGAGUCAUUCAACCUUUUCAAGAUUGGGUAAAGAAGUUGCUGUCUUAGGCUUAGAUUGCCGUACAGAAAGAAAAAUUAAUGAAGUUAUCACCCCAAGCACUUAUAACAUUGUCUUUGCUAGACUAGAGGAGGAGCUCAACAAGGCUCCGGAUGUUAAGCAUCUUCUCGUUAUGUUAGGCGUACCUAUUUUCUAUCCGAGAUUAGUUUGGUUGGAGUGGCUUUUGAAUUCAGCCAUAUUGAAGCCCUUUAGAGAGCUAGCCAUCAAAGGUAUUAUAAACAAGGGAUUGGUCAACGAAUUUGACGGAGGUGUUGAGGUAUUGGAUGAUCUAGAUGAUCACUGGUGCUCAAAGAAUCACAAGCGUGAAAGAAACUUUUUGGUUCAAAAAUUGAUAAACUUCGGUGCAUCUAGGGGUGUGAGAAUAACAAUUUUAUCUGGAGAUGUUCAUUUGUGUUGUAUAGGAAGGAUUAAGUCAAAAGUUCAUCACCAUCCGGAAGCCCAUAUAAUCCUGAAAUCUCCUGAAGAGUUAAAGAAACAUAAUGCUAGUGUCUUAGAACACCCAGAGAAUGAUGCAAGGUUGAUCUUUAACGUGAUUAGCUCUGCAAUUGUUAAUGCACCACCCCCAGAUGCCAUGGCCACCUUGCUAAACAAAAGAAGUAAGAUUCACCAUUUCAGCAUAGAUUGCGAUGAAGAUAUAGUUCCCAUUUUCCAGAAAAACCCCGAUGGAACCAAUCGUAGUAAUCAUCAAUUUUUAAAUAAGAGAAACUGGAGCGAUUUGAUUAUUGCUCGUCAAUCAAAAUACAAAGACGAGGUUCAAGCUGGCAUUGAAAAGUAUCCAGGCAAUCCAGGUGACAACUUGAACCCAGAUAAGGAGGAUAAAGUUGCCCAUGACGUGAAAUAUCCUUUAUUAGAGGACUCUUUGAUUACAACACUUCAUGUAGAAGAUGAUCCGAAAGACUUUAAUUGCCAAACUGCAGCUUACGAGCUUUAUAUUCCAAAAUUAGUUGGUAAACAUAAAUUAGAACAGACCAGAGUUAAGCAUUUAUACUAA